AUGGUCAAGGUGACCACUCCAGGACUUUCUGCAGCUGAAAAAGAAAAAUAUAUGGUGGCAGUAAAGAAGCAUGGUCAGCUUCCAGACGUGAUUGUAACAAGGGAGACAACUUCUACAACUUUUACAAUAGACACUAAUAGUGCUACCAAGACGACUGUAGUGAAGACUUGUCCUAAACAGGAGAGUGAGACGAGUGAUCACCCAGAGGAGGGUAGUUCUAGUGAGAAAGUCAACACCACUGACACCAUGGAUGAAGACAAAUCUGAUAAAUCUGAAUCUGUUAAUCCUGUCACAGCAUCCUCAGAGUCGGAUCCCCCCAGGGAUGUCACUACACCUCUGACCAUAGAGACACAGCUGAGUGGGUCCUCGCCAGGCCCCAGCAGUGAGAGUACUGACACAGCAUCAGAGGCUGGUAGUUGUUUCAGCUCUCCAAACAGUACACUGUCGUCCUGUAACAGUCCUCGUCUGGCUGGAGAGAUGUCACCAGGAGGGACAAAAAGAGAAGGGGAGUCCAGUCAUGGCCGACAUAAACAUCGGUUCAGCAGUAAUCAAGCAUUUACGCCCAAGGACCUGUUGGCUUUGCUGAAAAAUGUAGAAAAUGAAAUCGCUCUGUGCGAAACGAAUCUAAAGGAUGAAAUUGAGAAGAAAAGGAAAUACCAGAUUGAUGACUGUCGACGGACACAUAACUAUGACCAAUUCAUCUGUACAUUCCUGUCAAUGCUGGCGAAAGAAGGUCACCUCGCUGACCUUGUCGAACAGCAAGUCCUGGCCAACAAGCGACAUGGCAGUGUUAGCUCUGGACGGAUAACCAAAGUGUCCUUAAAUGAUCGUCGUAAACGACCGCGACCUAAAAAAAGACGAUGAGAUUAUUAUGAACUUGUGAAUACUUUAUAUACAAAUUACAUUUGAAGGAAAUCAACACCUGUCUCCUGACCUAGUAACAUAAUUCUGAGGUAGUGCUUCUUCGUGUUUUAAUUACAAUCCGUUAUCACAAGUUGAAGUGUUGAUAUUGAUAUCUUACUAUGUGCCACAUGUUAUAGUUUCUGAAGAAAAUGUAUCAUACACAUAAUUUACAACAGAAAAGGAAAUC